CAUCUAUUUAAGGAUCUAAGAAACCACUUCACAACGAUGAUGGAGAGAGUUCUCUCCUCAAUAUUACCAUAAAGUCUCAACUAGCUCCAAUACUUGAAAAAGAAAAAACCACUCUAGCUAGCCCAAACAAAACCUUUAACUUUCUUUUUCUAAAAUCCUAAAGCUAAUCGGAGAAAUCCGUCAACAACAACUAGCUGGAGAAAAUGGAUCUAGAAGAGUGGGAAAUACUCCCUAGAAACAACUACAAGGGUCUCGAGCUUGAUCUUGGUCUUGAAGAGGAUCAUGAAGCCAAGAAGAUGAUGAGAAACAACGGGAAAACCUUCGAAAAUGAUUACUACAUCUGCUCAACACAAGAUCCUGUCGGCAAAACAGAGCUUCUUUAUCAGAGAUCUAGCGUGGUCCCCACACAACUCCUCCAAAUUCCCAUAACUUGGGAGCCUUUGUCCCCCGUUGACGACAAAGAUCGCAAGAAGCACCCGGAUCCGGAUUUCUCGGAGCCAGACCCGGAACGUUUGACGGAGUCUCUUCCGUCGCCGAGAAUAACCUUCAAGAAAAUGAAGGAAACCGAAUUUGCCGACAUGAAACUAGACUCGCCAUCAGCCAGGUUCACAAGCCCUCUGCCUCAUCAGAACGACGAGAAACAUUCCGAGAUCAUGGGAUCAGAUAGUAGUGACUUGAGUAGCAAGAAAGAGGUUGAUUGGGAUGAAGGUAAGAAAAUGAAUCUGUGGAAGAAGGGUCUCAAUGGAAUUGGAGCUAUAUGUUCAUUUGGUGUUGCUGCUGCUGCUGCCACCAUCUGUGUCUUCUUCCUUGGAAACAACAGUAGCAUCCAUGGUUGUCGCAACAAGAACCAAAUCCUCAGGUUCCAGAUUUACUCUGAUGAUAAUAAGCGAAUGAACGAAGUAGUGAAGCAUGCAACAAAGCUAAAUGAAGCAAUCUCUGUGAUGAAAGGUCUUCCCGUGGCAAGAGCUCAGAUAUCUUUUGGUGGAUACUACGAUGCACUUUAAUAUAUCAUUACAUCAGAGAUCUUUAAUAUCCAAUGUCUUCUUCUCAAAUACGGGGAUCCAUAUAUAGAAUUAUAUUUAUGAAUUUAGGAAAUCCAAUAAAUAAUGUUUGUAAA